AUGACCUCAGCAACAUUAUCCAGGAGAAAUCCACAACUGGCCACCAUUACUCCAGGAUCUCAAAGCCGGGUUCCGAGGACCAUGCCUGUGACUUAUGCGGACUCUGUUCCAUUUAGUUCGGCCUCCAUGGCCGGCGGAAUGUCCAACGCACACUUUUCUUUGACUUCUACGUCCCCUGGAUCACGUCGGUGUUACGGGACCGCACCGAGCGUCUAUCCCUCAGGACAAUACCCUCACAGUGAUGACUUCUUCUUGUCAGCGUCUUCUGCAAUGACCUAUGCUUCCAUGACCGCAUCUGACGGUGCGUUCGUCGUACCCGUGAUGUCGAGCUUGGGCGGCUUUGACGCCGAUCCAACAUCUGAGUUCCUGACAGAGGAUGCUUUCUCGGGCGACAAUUCUGCAGACUUGAACCUCGUGCAAUCUUCGCAAUACCCAGGACAAGACCAGCCAGAGGAUCUGAUGAUUUCCGGAUAUAUGUCCAUGGAUACUUCGUCACUUUACCAUCAAGGAAUGGUGAACAACUAUAGCUCACAGAGUUUCUCCGUUCAGAGACUGCCAACACCCCCUCCAGAGGAUUAUGUCCGGGAUUGCCUGUCUGCCCAGGAGAAGCUAUGCCCGGAUGCCCAGGACUGCGCUCUCUACGGGAUCAAUACCGUGUCGAAGGCGCUACCAGAUAGGCCUAUUCGAUCUGCAUCAGAGCGGAAUGGCGUGAUUGACCAAAGUGUUUCGUGUAUCCUGCCUGCUGAGACCCGGAGCCCCAAAGAGGAACAAUCGGACCGAGAAAAAGCCAGAAGUGGACCACUCUAUGAAGCCCGGCCCGACAAAAGCGGACACUAUCAUUGCCCCAUGUUUGAGAAGCUCAAGUGCAAUCACCAACCCACCAAACAAAAAUGCAUCUACAACAAAUACGUGGACUCCCAUUUGAGGCCGUACCGCUGUCGUUUUACGGAUCGCCCGGAAUGCGAGGACCUCCGGUUCUCUUCUAAUGCAUGCCUCCUUAGGCACGAACGAGAGGCCCAUGGAGAACACAACCACGGAGUGAACCCCUACCUGUGCAAAUUCCCGGACUGUGACCGUGCUCGAGAGGGCAAUGGAUUUCCUCGAAGAUGGAACCAGCGUGACCAUAUGAAACGAGUCCACCAACACGAAGAACCCGAGCCUCUCCCCAAGAAGAGCUCAGCUACUCAAAGCCAGAACAAGAGGAAGAAGCCGACAUCUGUCCCCAUGAGGAGGUCCAACUCGUCCACCUUGUCCAAGGUCCACGCGAUGGCCAACGCUGCCAUUCAGACUCAGAACUAUGGCCAGGCUAUUACCCGGGCGCAGUACGUCGCUCCAGGCGCAUACACCAUUCAGACCCAGGAUUAUGAUGCAAUGAUGCCACAAACAGUGUCGAUGGAUGAUGUCCAAUUCUCGCCCACAACCGCCAUCUCCAGGACGUGCCGGGUGUCACCACCCUACUCCGGGAUCUAUCCUUCAUGA